UGGUCCCUGAAAAAAAAACAGUUGGAGCAGCAGGGGAUGGAACGCUUCCGGUUGAGGUCUCCUCCCCUGUCGCUGAAGCUGGCCUUCGCCGUCUCCCUCACCGUCUCCUUCGCCGUCUCCUGCUGCUCCUCCUCCCCCCUCCCCUCCUCCGCCGCCCCCAAGUCUCCCCCGCCUUCUCCCCAGGCCGUAGCCGCCGAUCUCCUCUCCCUCCUCGCCGGCCCGAGCGCCGCGGCGCGGGUGCCGGCUGGGGAGGCGUCGCGCCUGCGCUCCUGCCUCCGGUUCCUCGCCCCGGUCAGCCCCGCCACCGUGUCUAGGGCUUAUCCGUGGAGGGAUUCCCGGAAGGUUCUCCUGGAAGUCCGCGAUGCGGCUGAUGAGGCGGAUGCGAUGGUGAUGUGGCCGCCGGCGCCGGUCAUGGAGCUGGCGCGCCUCGCCGUCGACUCCGGCGGCGACCCUGGGGCGAUCCACCGCAUGCUCGACCCCACCAUGCUUCCGGUGCCUGAUAUUGCGGGAUCGAAGGAGAACAAAUGCCAGCUCACUAGGACACCAUACGGAAGGCACUUUGCUAACGAGGAAAUCAAUUCAUACUUCGCAUUUUUGUUUGAAUUGAUUGUUGCACGAGGACCAUCAGUUGGAUUUAAUGUAUCACUGACUCGGUAUGAUUUGUUCCAUGGGCAUCUUUUCCUGGCAUCUGGGACGGGAAGGCUUGGGAUUCUGUUCCACGCUAAAGAAUAUCCAGCAGUUGAUAAGGAAUUGUUCCCUUACAAUUUGGGAUAUUGCCAGGCUGGAUCUGAUGUACCUUAUGAUGAUUCUAUGAAUUUACGUAAUAUCCUUUGGUUAGCACCAUUGCCAUCCAAUGAGACAAAAGCUUGGUUAGCUCCAGGAGUGUUAGUCGUCUUAGAUGCACAUCCUGAUGGAAUUAUUUAUCAAGAUAUGAUACGAGACUAUGUUCAAAUUGUACGAACAAUAUAUGAAGAUGAUUUUGGUAAGCAUGCCGUUGAUGUCAAUUAUCUGAAUGUUGCCAACGCAGCUCCAGCCGAUAGAAUUUUCAUUUGCUGACAUUCAUCCAUGGGACUAUUAAUUUUUCCCAGUGUGAUUUCCUCUCUGGCAGCAAAUAUCAAAUGUACUACUAAGGGGUGUGCUCAAGAAAGCAACAGUCACUUGUAUGAUUCAGAUGUUGACUUGAUUGAUAUACUUGGGGAAGCAAUUAUUUGCUUGCAAA